ACAAAAACUUGCCCAUGUAUUUUGCAGCACUGUGAAAUCGUUUAAUUUGUGAUUAUCAGUUUCCGAGUAAUUAACUAUGCAGCGCUUGUUAAAUUUGAAUAGCGAUUCGCGUUUUUCAUCAAAUCAAAUGCGAAUCCGAAUCGCCAUUGCAACACCAACGCCUACAUCCCUCAAUAAGUGGCACAAAGUGGUCCUAAUCACCAAUUUGGAAACCACAUGGUUUCCAGUUAAUGAACCAACUUUAAAAGCGUGUUACCAAUUUGAUGGAGUUUACGAUGCCAACAGCCAGUUAACUAAUGUACAUUUACGACUCAAUCUGCUCAAAUUUAUGCAGAUCGCAAAGGAUCAAUAUCAGCUGUCAGACGACGAUGCCUUGGAGCUACUGGCAUUUUUUAAAACCAACAUUUCAGAGGCAUGUUACCACUUAGAUGGCAACAACGCUAAUGGUAAUCUGCCACUUCGUCUAGAAAUUGAUAAACCAUGGCGGCUGCAGUCGAAACCGAUAUGCAAAUUGCCCGGCGUUGAACUGUUAUCAGACGUUACUUAUCUGACGAUGGGGGGUGAUGUUUUCCUUACUCAGCCGAAUCUACUGUUAAAUGUUUUGCCACGAGUGCCAAUCGUAAGGAGUUUUUCCGGCCGAAGAGAUGACCGUGACAUUUGCCAAUUUUGGACCCAACUGAUGCAUCAUCUUCAGCUAUACAUGGCUCCGCUCGUCCUGGCCAGCAGACCCUGGCCAAAAAAUAAAUCUGACGAUGCUUGGAUGCUUGGACUUUUGCAGACCGAUCCAUCCUAUAUUUGACAUAACAUUAAAUUAUGUAAUAAUUUCUUCAUUUAAUAUUUUCUCACAAAUAAAAGUUAAAUUUUAUACCAACUUUAUUCCUGUAACUUGCAUAAGGCAAUUUUCCUGCGAAAAUUUU